CCUGACCUGAGGCUCAGGUCCGCACCGAGCCAUUGCCUGCGCCCACCGUCCUGUCGAUGCGGGAUGUGGCCACUGGAGCGCUGCUCGACAUGUACGCAACCAGCCUGCGCUGCACCGCGCGCAAUCCGGGCGGCAAUGGCGCCAAGUGCGGUCCGCUGCGAACCUGCCGCCGAUUCCUGAGCGCCCACGUCGCCAACGCGCGUCGACCACUGCGAUCUACCCCCCCACCCCACCAUAACCUGCGCCCGCCAGCACCGACGACCACACCGGCAUUGCCAUCGUCAUCAUCACCAUCAUCAUCACCACUAUCAUCACCAUCAUCAUCACCAUUACGACCGGCCAUCCCGCCCCGGUCCAGGAGCCAGCAGAGGCGGCACUAUGCCGUGGGCAACAAGCAACACCCGCCGCAGACCAUCGCCGUGCUCGGCGGUGGCCUGACCGGUCUCACCACGGCAUGGUACCUGACGCGGCUCCUCCCCGAGGCCAAGAUCACCAUCUACGAGGCCAACAAGCGUCUGGGUGGCUGGAUCGAGACGGAGAAGGCCGAGGUCAAGACGCCCGACGGCAAGGUCGGCACCGUACACUUUGAGCGCGCCGCCCGCAUGAUCAAGCCGCAAUCCGCUCCGGCGCGCGUCCCCAAGUGGGACGACCUGGUGUUCUACGAUCUGGUCACCAAGCUCAACCUGACCGACCAGCUCGUGCACGCGAAGCAGGACGAGGAGGCGGUCUCGGGCUUCAUCUACUAUCCUGACCACCUCGUCCCGCUCCCCAAGGUCACCAUUCGGCUGUCCGACCCCCUCGGCGCUCUCCGGCAACUCGCCAACCUCGCCGCCCUGCUCUUCGAGCCCCUCUUUCGCGACCUGAUCCCCGCCGUCCUCAACAUCUUCCGCACCAGGAAGGACCCUUUCAGGAUGGACUUGUUCCGCGGCCGCCGGGACAUGUCGGUCGGGGACUACUACGCCUACCGGCUCGGGAGCCCCGCCCUGGUGGACAAGCUCAUGUCGGCCAUGGUCCACGGCAUCACGGGCGGCGACGUGUGGAAGCUGAGCAUGGGGAGCGGCUUCCUGGCGGACCAGCUGGUGCCCACGGACGACGAGCCCAUCACCAACGUUCCCGUGCGCAGCGUCGACUACGAGAUGAUGCUGCAGCUGGCUCGCGACAAGGCCGUCUUCGACCUGGCCUCGCAGCACCUCGACACGAGCGCGCUCUGGUUCCGCGACGGCUUCAGCACCCUGACCAACGCGCUGGCCGACGCGCUCGAGAAGAACCCCAACGUCACCUUCGUCACCGGCCAGUUCGUCACUCGUGUCGAGUACAUCGAGAAGGCAGAUAAAGUCGGGGUUCACAUUACGAGAUCCCUCAUGGAGGAACCCGCCCUGUACGACAAGGUUGUCUCAACCAUCUUCGCCAAGAAGCUAUACAAGAUCACCGACAAGCUGCUCCCCUCCCUCCUCCCCACCACCGCCGUCAGCAUCAUGCUCGUCAACAUCUGGUACCCGGUCCCGCGCAUCAACUUCCCCUACAACGGCUUCGGCUACCUCGUCCCGCAAGCUCUCCCCUUCGAGCAGAACCCGGAGUGCGUCCUCGGCGUCAUCUUCGACUCGGACCGCGAGUCCCCGCUUCCGACCCCGUCCGACCCGGACCCGGCCCCGCGCGGGGCCGACACGGUCCAGGGCACCAAGCUCACCGUCAUGAUGGGCGGCCACUACUACACCGACUGGCCCCUGCACGUCACGGCGAACACGUUCCGCGCCAAGAAGGCGGCCCUCGCCGCCGUCGAGCGCCACCUGCGCCUGCCGCCCGAGCUCACCGAGCAGGCGCACGCCUCGGCCAAGCUCUGCCGCGACUGCAUCCCCCAGCCCCUCGUCGGCCACGCAAGGCGCAUGCGCGCCGCCCACUCCGAGCUCGAGUGGACCUUCAAGGGCCGCCUCGCCGUCGUCGGCCAGAGCUACCAGAACCCGGGCGUGCUCAACAUGCUGCGCGCCGCCAGGGACGUCGCCGUCCAGAUCGCCGGCCGCGAGGAGGGCGCCGCCGCCGAGUGGUCCGUCGGCGACACCGGGCUCGAGCGCUUCACCCGCCAGCCCAAGUACCUGUCCCUGCAGAGGCACAUGCUGCCCCUGCGCUACGGGAGCGGCGCCUUUGUCGACGAGUCCGGACAGGUCAGGCUGAGGGAGGGCGCCUUGGGAACCGGAGGGUGAUGGUGAGGCCAACUGAAGCAUGAAGAAAAGGGGGGAGGGGGGGAGGGUCCGCCCUGCGGCUGGCACCACCCGUAGAUUUAUCUGUUGUGUGCUUGCGUGCGUUGCGCGCGCGCGGGUGUGUAAAAUAAGCCGGGCAUUGUCCGUUCAGAGGAAUGUAUUGUAAAUCUAUAUAUACAUAUAUAUAGUCUUCGAAGAAGACAAGAAAGAAAUCAUGCAAGACAAAAAGCAC